CACGUCGUCUACUCGCCUCGCCUCACCGCGCCGCCUCAUCCCGCCCUACCCUUGUUCCCCGCCCUAGUCUUGGUAAGAGGCUCGCUCUCCGCAGCCUCGGACCACUGCCCGCAAUGGACGUGACCAAGUCCAUCUCGUCGUACCUCACCCGCCUCCUCUCGCCCUCGGCUUCCGGCGGGUCAGGAAUGAAGGUCCUCCUCCUCGACUCGCAUACCACGCCCGUCAUCAGCUCCUCCCUCACCCAGUCCGCACUCCUCAGCCACGAAGUGUACCUCACAGAUAGAGUAGACAAUGAGGCAAGGGAGAGGAUGAAGCAUCUCAAGUGCAUUGUACUCCUCAGACCUACAGAAGCUAGUAUCGAGGCACUGUGUAAGGAGCUCAAAUGGCCAAAGUAUGGAGGCUAUUGGCUUUAUUUCACAAAUGUGCUCAAGAAGGGGGAUAUAGAGAGGUUGGCAGAGGCAGAUGAGCAUGACGCUGUGAAGGAGGUCCAGGAAUACUUUGCAGACUAUCUCCCAGUCAACUCCUCCCUCUUCUCCCUUUCGCCAACGCCCCUACCUACUGGCAAUAUCACUGGUCCCAUAGGACCUUGGGCUUCCAAUGCCAGCGAGUGGGACCCAGCUGCUCUCGAUCGGCAUACCCAAGGACUCAUGGCCCUCUUGCUGAGCCUCAAGAAGAAGCCAGUGGUGAGAUACGAAAGGAUGAGCGCGCUAGCGAAGAAGCUCGGCGAAGAAAUAAGUUAUCAAACCACGCAAGGUCAACCUUCUCUAUUCGACUUCCGGAGGUCUGAGCCUGCACCGCUCCUUCUCAUCCUCGACCGGCGAAAUGACCCAGUGACGCCCCUCCUCUCCCAAUGGACCUACCAAGCCAUGAUCCACGAACUGCUCGGCAUCAACAACGGCCGAGUCUCACUACCGGCAUCGUCGGGUCUCAAGCCAGAGCAGCGGGAGCUGGUCCUCUCCUCCUCGGAAGAUCCCUUCUUUCAACAGAAUCUCUACGACAACUUUGGAGACCUGGGAGCCUCCAUCAAGAGAUAUGUGCUGGAAUUUCAGACAAAGACGGCUUCCUCCAAGCAGAUUGAGACUGUGCAGGACAUGAAGCGAUUCGUCGAGGAGUACCCAGAGUUCCGGAAAUUGAGCGGCAACGUCUCGAAGCAUGUGACGCUGUUAGGAGAGCUGAGUAGAAGGGUGGAGGGAGAGCAUCUACUGGAAGUCUCUGAGCUGGAACAGAGUCUGGCCAGUAAUGAGAGUCAUGCUAGCGACCUCAAGGCCGUGUACGAUCUCCUUGCUCGGCCAGACAUCCUGUCAGAGGCAAAGCUACGGGUUGCCAUUCUCUACGCGUUGCGGUAUCAGCGAUACUCGGGCAAUCAAAUAUCCAAUGUUGUCAAGCAGCUACUCGAGAGCGGUGUGGAGGAGAGCAGGGCAGGUCUUGUCUUUGUGAUGCUCAACUUCGCCGGCGCAGACCAACGGCAAGACGACCUCUUCUCCAAUGACAACUUCUUCUCACGCGGCAAAUCCGCCCUCAAAGGGCUCAAGGGCGUGGACAAUGUCUACACGCAGCACACCCCACAUCUCCUCGAGACCGUCGAGCUUCUAAUGAAGGGCCGUCUGCGCGAGUCGUCCUACCCUUCUACCAGCAGUAGCUCAGCAGGCGGUAGCGGGCCCGGUGGUGCUUCUGGUCCAGGAGGAGGGGGAGGGUACAGCACCUCUUCCUCCGGCCUAAUCACGCAGCGUCCUCGGGACAUCAUCCUCUUCAUCAUCGGCGGUGCGACCUACGAAGAAGCGCGUGCCAUCUCUCUCUUGAAUUCUCAGGGAGCCAAUGGACCUGGAAUGGGAGCUCGCUUCUUGCUAGGAGGAUCCACGAUUCAUAAUUCACAGAGCUUCCUCACAAUGGUACAAGAUGCCGCGUCUCGCUUUCCGGCUAGUAUUGCUAGACCACCACCCACUUCUACUGGACUCGGUGCAGCAGGAGCAUCCGGAUCCAGCGCUGGUAGCGGACAAGGUCAAGGCUUGAACUUGCGCAUCGGUCCCGUGCAGCUCAACGUCGGCCGUGAUGGACGGGGAGGCGGAGGCGGAGGUGGGGAUGGGUUUACGGGUGCUGGAGGACUUGUGGACCCGGGAAGGAUAGGAGAAGCAGCGCAGGGGGCGGCUAAUCUGGCUGGGGGUUUGUUGGGUAGGUUGAGGGAUGCGAUUUGAGUUUGAGUUUUGGGGGAAAGAAGAGGGGGAGAGGGCUGCCCCGCACAGAGGUGCGAGGGGAACAUGUAUAGUACAAUACGAUGCAGCUUUGAUAAUGCAACCCAUACUCCAGCA